GAAGAUUCGGGUGCUCCGGUGGCAAAAGAGUGUUCAAAACCUUAGGUCUCCUGUUCGACACCCAAUGGCAGCAACAAACCUCCCAAACUCUGUCCCAAAUGGUUGGCCCGGUCGGUUGGAUGAUCCAUCGGUUCUUACCGGUUCAGACAUUUUGAACGGUUUAAAACGAUUUAACCCCUUAAAUGGCUUUAAAUAUCAACUUGACCCGUUUCUAUUACCAGAUUCCGGGGUUUCAGGCAGGGUUCGGGCAAAACUUCAGAACAGUCGGCCAGAAUCUUCAAAACCCUCACCGGCUCCUGUAAAUUACCCAUUUCCUUUUUUUUUUCAGCUCCUCACAGAAGCAGUUCAUCGCACUAUAAUCAACUUCUUUGUUUUUGCUCCGAGUUUCUUUGACAUGGCUAGUUUUUCUAGUAUUUUUGCGGUCAGAAAUCUGCUGGUUCUUUCUGUGGCGCUGAACGCCACAUUGCUUUUACGGCUCUUGCAUGAGGGCGGAAAUGGGGCACUCGCUGGCUUCUUUCCUGAUAUGCCUAAAAACGGAGCAGAACAAGAGGCUCAUCUCAGCCAGGGGACACGGCUCUCCAUCACUGACUUUUCCGCUUCAUCUUUCUUUGCUUCUACGGCUGAAAAGAGCGAGGAAAGAGUCAUCAAUCUAGACCAUGGGGAUCCAACCAUGUAUGAAACUUUUUGGCGAAGAAUGGGAGACAGGACUACCAUUGUAAUUUCUGGUUGGCAGACCAUGAGUUACUUCUCUGACAUUGGAAAUCUUUGCUGGUUCUUGGAGCCGGAGUUUGCCCAGCAAAUUAUCCGACUGCAUAAAGUUGUAGGAAAUGCAGUAACGGAGAAUCGGCACAUUGUUGUGGGGACAGGCUCAUCUCAGCUCUUCCAGGCUGCCUUAUAUGCUCUGUCUCCCAUGGAUGCCACUGAUCCCAUUUCUGUGGUUUCUGCUGCCCCUUACUAUUCUUCCUAUCCAUUGAUUACUGACUGUCUCAAGUCCGGGCUACACAAAUGGGCUGGUGAUGCUCGCUGUUUCAAUAAAUCCGGUCCUUAUAUAGAACUUAUUACCUCUCCAAAUAAUCCAGAUGGGUUUGUCAGGCACUCUGUUGUUAACCAGAGUGAGGGGAUGUUAGUGCAUGAUCUUGCUUACUACUGGCCACAAUAUACACCGAUUACCUCUCCUGCUGACUACGAACUGAUGCUUUUCACCGUGUCAAAAUGUACAGGCCACGCUGGCACGCGCAUUGGCUGGGCUCUGGUCAAGGAUGAACAAGUGGCGAGGAAAAUGGUGAAGUUCAUUGAGCUCAGCACAAUUGGAGUGUCCAAGGAUUCACAACUACGAGCAGCUCAAGUGCUGAAAGUUGCUUCUGACAGCUGUGAAUCACAUGAAGAAAGUGGCUCCUUCUUCGAUUAUAGUUACCAGCUCAUGGCAAAGAGGUGGAAGCAAUUAACAGAGGCAGUGCAGCAGCCGGGACUGUUCAGCAUGCCUGACAUUCCCCCCCAGUUCUGCAGUUUCUACAAGAAAAUAUUCAAGCCUCAACCUGCCUUUGCAUGGGUCAAGUGUGAAGGAGAAAUCCAUGACUGUGAAGGCUUCUUUAGGGAAAAUAAGAUCCUUGUGAGGAGUGGAAAGCACUUUGGGGAUAGCCCAAAGUUGGUCAGGAUUAACAUGUUGGAUCGUGAGCAGAUCUUCGAAGCAUUUGUAAGAAGGAUACAGAUGAUCCAAAUGUGAAAUCCUGACAGCCCCUGCAAUAACAGGGGGAAAAGGAUGUAAAGAUUUUGCACCUUAAAAAAAAAUUUUAGCAUUUUUUCUUUAUGAUGUACUCGGGAAAUUCUCUAUUUACCUCUAAAGUCCAAAGAGUCAAUAGAUAAGGGAUAGUUUA